AUGAAUAUAACACCACGAUCGCAAUAUCUUCAUGGACCGAACUCGUAUCCCUCAUAUUUGAAUCUCCAAUCAAAUAUGGCCUCUUUACAAAUGGUUCCAGACAUUCAUAAUGAUAUUAAUCUUGACGAAAACCAGAUUUCGUACCAAAAAAAUGAUGUUGAUAAUGAUUUUAUCCAACCAAUCUCUUCAAGUAAAUUUUUACAACCAAUUCAAUGUCAUCACAUUUAUCCGUCACCUCACUUUCCUUCAUCCGAUCCUUUUCAAAAUAAUCAAGGAAAUUUUAACACAAUUGGGCCCAAAACCUCGCAUGCAUGGAACGAAUAUAAAUUCUUUUAUAAACCACUUAACGAUUUUCAAAUUUACGAUAUUUUUUGUAAAGAAAUAUCAUUUGAACAAUAUUUAAAAUAUAUUGAUGUUCAAUCAAGUAAUAAGUAUGUAUUCCCUUUUCAACAACCGGUUGAUAAGAAAAUUUAUCAAGUAACUUGCGAAAUGAUACCACAUUUAUUUGUGGUUCAAUUUUUAAAUAAGAACAUUCGCAAUAUCGAACUAAAUUUGAACGAACAACCUUAUGUGAAGUUUUCUGAACAACAUAAAAUUAACCUUAGAUUACACUUGGAAGAAUUUCUAAUCAUAAAUCUGGCACCAAAUCAAAUUUGUAAGCAAAAUUACAACUUGAGUGGAAAUUUUAUGUAA